UGGCGGUUGAGUACUGAUAGUCAAAGCAUGACAGAUACAGCGGACUGAUAAUGUUAUCGUUGAUAGUUAUCAAGGUUAUCGUCCUCUUCGUGUUAUUCCUUUUGACGUUUACGUUAGGAUUCAUUCCCUUGAAACUGAUUCGAUAUUUUCGUAAACGGUCAACCUCUCGAAAUCUGAACAAUCAGCUGACAGAAAUUGGCAGCUCUCAGGAAUCGCGACCAACCUACAAACGUGUCAUCAGUUUUCUCAGCUGUUUUGCCGCCGGUGUCUUCCUAGCGACAUGUUUCCUGGACCUUCUUCCCGAAGUACGCCGAGAACUGACGAAUGUUUUAGAUGUCAUGAAAAUCUACACCGGAUUUCCACUGGCCGAGUUUGUUAUGGUCAUAGGGUUGUUUGCAAUCUUGAUCACAGAGCAGAUUGUCAUUUCUGUGAAAGAGAGACAUUCAUCACGACAAGGUGACAGGGCACCACUCUUAGCAGGAGGUGGUGAGGACUGGCAGAAAAGUGCAACGGAAUCCACACGGAGUGAACAUUCUAUAUCAGGAAUAAGUGAUCGACCUCACAUUGAACAUAAGAAUUCGGAAAUACUUCAAGAAAGUGAAUCCGAAGAACCUGCAUCAGAUCAAGAUCUCAAUUACCAAGGUGGCCACACACACCACAGGCAACAAGAAGAAGAACAUGUACAUUCUCAUAUGCGAUCAUUUUUACUUCUUGUAGCCUUGUCACUCCACUCCAUUUUCGAGGGACUCUCUGUUGGUCUGGAAACUCAAAAAGGGAAUGUUUUGGGAAUUUUUGCAGCCCUUGUUCUCCACAAGAGCAUCUUAAGCUUUAGUUUGGGCAUGAAUCUCGUGCAGACAAAUCUCUCUUCAAAACUUAUGCUGCGUUCAAUUCUGUUCUUCUCGGUGACUGCACCCUUAGGUGUUGGAAUUGGCAUUGGAAUAAUACAUCUCUGGGACUCAACUGCUUCAAGCCUUGUGCAAGGCAUUCUUCAAGGUUUAGCCUGUGGAACAUUUCUCUACAUUACAUUCUUUGAAGUGCUACCACAUGAAUUUAAUUCUCACCAUGAUCGUUUACUGAAACUUUUAUUCCUUCUCCUGGGAUACAGCACAGUUACUGGGAUUUUGUUUUUAAGCGACAGUACAAGAAAACCGUUUUGUCCAGUUGUUAAUCCAUCUGUUAAUGGCAGCACUUAUGGAUAAAUUCUUUGUGGAAAUAGCAAAUUUUGUUACCUUAGCUUUUACACAUUUAUACAUGCUUUAGUGAAUGUAAACUUAUCACCUGUUAUGUUACAAUUGAUAUCUGUCAGUGAUGUAUUGAUUUUGAAUCCAAAAGUGUACUCUGUAUUGUGUACUCAGUAUAGCAUGGUAGAGUACUUACUGAUACAUAGAGAUUGUUUCUGUUAUGAUAUUUAUUGCAUUCUCAUGUAUUGUGUUUCGUCAUAUGAGCGAAAUAUUCUCAAGCACGACGUUAAACCCAAUUUCACCUCAUAUUACCAGCUUUAUGAAAAUUUGAAAAGUAAAACCUUGAGCUAUC